AUGAAGAAGCAGAGCAGGGACUUUGGCACCAAGAAACCUGCUGAGAAAGGGGCUGGUGACAUGGCUACGCACACGUCAGGCUCCAGCCCAGCAGGAGGGGAGGCCCAGAUUGGAACAAGUUCUGUGAAGACCUUGGAUAAGAUUCCUUUCCCCAUCAACACCCAUUUGAGUGGAGGCACUCCUAACCCUAUCCUGCCAUCUGCUGCCAGUGUCCAACUCGCUCAACUCCAGGCUCAGCUUACUCUGCAGCGGCUCAAAUUCGCUCAGUCAGCUGUGAACAGUAACACGGCUGCUGCCACUGUACUGAGCCAGGUCCUCAACAAAGUUGCUAUGUCCCAGCCGCUGUUUAACACGUUAAGGUCCCCAUCGCUGAUCAAUGCAACACAUGGACAAGCUGGAGCCCCACAGCUCGGGCCUGGUAUUUCAGGCCCCACGAUGCCACCUGGUGGACUAUCUUAUCCAUCACAAACUCCAGGGUUACCCCCUUUGGUGGCAGGAAGCAUCAACCAAGGUGGAAACUUACAGCCUCAAAGUGCAGGCCCAAUCGGACUGCAUCCUUUUGCAGGAAUAGUCUCACAGCCAUCCGUGCAUCCAGCAGCUGUUAUAAAUCUGAACAAGACUGUCUCCUCACAUCCUCCUGGUGGCUUUUCCGAAUAUCAUGGAGAUUUCUCCAAUAAAACAAUGCACGAUGAGGCUCUCUGCACACAGGGAUUUCAUCAGUUUGGCUUCACUGGGGAUCUGGCCAAUGUACUUUCUGCUAAUCUUGCCUCAGGGAAUCUGGUUAAAGGACAGCACUCUGUUUUGAACCAGCCUCACUCUGGUUUCCAACAAGAUUUCCAGGCUUCUCAAGGACAGCCCGUGUGCAGGAUGCAGGCUCCAAGUUAUUCAGGAGAAAUGAAUACUUGCAGCUACCCACAGAAACCUGAAGGCCCUCAUCAAGUCAACCCAACUGGCAAUUCCCAGAAUCUGGGCACGUGGGUACCCGAUCAGUGGCAGACUGCUUCACAAUUCUUAAAACCCAACAGGCCUGAGUUUACAGCUCAGUCACCAAGUCUGUGGUCAACAAAAAGUCAACAGUUGCAGAUGAGAAAUGAUCUGUAUAAUCCAGAGGAGCCAACGUCUGAAGGAAAGAUCAAUAUUGGAUGUCCAUCUCCUUUUGACAGGUUCAACCAGAACAAUCAGAAUUUUGCAGGCGUCCAGUUCAAUCAAAGUGACAAGCAACUGCACAGCACCUUCCACCUUCAGGUCCCAGAAAGACACAUCCAGCCUUAUGAACUGAAUGAUUUCCAUGGCUUAGUGCCCUCGCAGCUGCCCCACAUCUGCUCAAUAUGUGACAAGAAAGUCUUUAACCUAAAGGAUUGGGAACAGCAUGUGAAUGGAAAACAUCACAUCCAGAACUGUACCCUCUUCUCUGAAAAUUCAGGUAUUGUGUCAACGAAUUUUACAAGACCAACAAAUGGAGGAGUCAAUUUGUGUGGAUCCAAUAUGAUUUUGAAUCCUUCCGACCUUCCACCAGAUAACAAUCAAUCUCAGCUGAGGACAUUCUCCCAGCAAAGCCAUGGAUUCACUUCGACACCUCCAGGGUCAAAGAUGUUUCCACAACGGAAGUCUGGACCGAGUCGAGUUGUUCAUAUCUGUAAUCUUCCUGAAGGAAGCUGCACAGAGAAUGAUGUCAUUAAUCUUGGACUCCCGUUUGGAAAAGUCACCAACUACAUCCUCAUGAGAGCCACAAACCAGGCCUUUUUGGAGAUGGCAUAUCAUGAGGCAGCUCAGGCGAUGGUGCAGUUCUAUCAACAGAAACCUCCAGCCAUCAAUGAGCAGCAAGUGCUUGUCCGUAUGUCCAAACAGUACAAAGAACUCAAGCUGAAGAAACCAGGAAAGGAUGUUGACUCAAUCAUCAAUGAUAUUAAUUUUCAAAAGGAGAGGGAAAUGCACAAAGAGUGGGACAGAUUGGAAAGGCCCCGGUCCCGAAGCCCUCUCACUCAGUCCCUCAGCCCCAGGGUGGAGUCUCACAGCCCGAGCUUGACAUCGUGCCCUUCCUCCCAGCGUUCAUCAGUGAGCCCCCGGAGAAACCCCCUGAGCCCCAGGGUGGAGUGGAACAACACAACUGACAGGAAAGGAUCACAGGAUUACCUCUCUCAUAAAAGAAGAGAGAAUGAGAAAGCUGAACCCAAUGCAAAGAUUCAUUGUGACCUGCAUCGAGAGGGAUCUGACAGGUGGGCCUAUGACAGAAAACAAUAUUUAAAAUCAACAGGGCAGUCUAGCCCAAAGUCAUUGGAGGACAGAGGAGAUGGAUACCAAGGACAUAAAGAAAAAUAUACCAAAUCCAGCCUCCAAAACCUGAGUCCAUCCCAGUCCAAGUACAGGGUCCGAAAUGAAGAGGAUUUUAAGAAAGGACAAAAGCUAAAAUCAGGAAGAAGCCUGAGGCCUAGAAGGAAAGAUGGUGAGCUGCAACAAAAACCAGGUCUGAGGGCAAAUUCAGGCAGUCACCAUCAGAGCAAUGACAAAGGGGAGUAUGAUAGCCCGGUCUCACCAGCACACAUUGACACAACCCAUCUGGCUCUUGAAGAAGCUGAACGGAGGGAACAGAAGGAUGGGACAUCCAAUAGUGAGGUUAAUGAAGAAGAUGGUCAACGUUCUCGGAAACAAUCCUCAUCAUCGCACAGCAGCAGUGGAUCACCAGAACGAGAGCUUGAAAGGAACACGAAGGAGCAGAGCGAAUCUUGGGAAAGUGGAAGUGAAGCAGAAGGAGAUGCCUGGUAUUCGGGCAACAUGGAAGAGUUUGUAACAGUGGACGAGGUGGGAGAAGAAGAAGAUCAUGUGAUGGAGUUACCUGAGACCACAGAGAGUAUCUGUAAUCAAACAGAAGAGAAUGGAAACAUGGAAAAGAGUAAUGAAGACCCAGUAACAACCAAAGGAAUCCCUGACUGUGAACAUCGCAGUGACAAUCAUUGCAGGACUUCACUCGAGGAGCUGCGUCUAAUGAGCCCAACUCUGUUUCCAGGCAACCACCAGCUGAAAGUGGAAUCUACGAGUCAUCCUCAAAUUACAUCUAGUCCAAUGAAUGAGACUGAACAGAAUCUGAGAUCUCAUGUUACUCAACCAGAAAGCCCUGUGAAUUAUAGAAACUGUGAGACAGACCAAGGAAUGAGUGACGAUGCAUCAAGGGGCUAUUUGGACCCAGAGAACCGGAGCACAGCUGAUCCAUCUGAAGAAACUGAUGGAAAGUUCCAAGAAGAAAGCUUUUCUGAGAAAUUACUGGAAACCCAGGGAGUUGACCAAUCAGUGCCAAGUUUCAGGAGAAGCAGUUCGGAAACAGGUGAACUCAAGAAAGAGACUUCGGAAACAUUUAAUAAAGAUUCAGAAAACUCGAGCCAGUCCCUCACAGAGUCAGCAGGCAGCCAUCAACAUUUACCAUGGGAACAGGCCAAUGUCUUCUGCAAUCUUAGUAUCCCUUUAGGGGUUGAGUUUGUGGAAGCUCGAACAGGAUUUUACUGCAAGCUCUGUGGCCUGUUUUACAUCACGGAGGAAGCAGCUAAAAGCAGCCAUUGCCGGAGUACUGUGCAUUAUAAGAAUCUGCAGAAAUACCUGUCACAGUUAGCUGAAGAAAGCCUGAAGGAAGGUGAAAAAGCCAGUAGUUCUGGAACAGAGGAAGAAAUUGGGAUCAUGCCACAGUUUGAAAAUAAAAAAUCGACUCCGUCCUGAAACUGCCAGCUAGGAUUAAGCAUGAGAGGCUCCAAUAUCAAGGAACUAACGGAACCAAAGCUUAGUUCUUAACAAUCAUGUUCCAGGAUGUGAUACAUAAGUACCACACCAGGCCAAGGAAGGACUGAUAGUAAGAGAAAGUGAGAAAGAGAGACAAUCCUUUCAAUUAUUGUGGUACUUUAGAAAUACAUCUUCAUCCAUAUUCUUCAUUGACCAGGCAAAUCAUAUUCAGGGAAUUUCUAGUUUCUAAUUUUCACCACGAUCGUGACUAAAUGUAUUGGUUUGAUGAAAGAAUUUUACU